CCUGUAGAUGAGAAAUGGUUCUUUUUGCAUGACCAUGGUAUUCAAGAGAUCUGAACUGUGUCAGGAAACUCGUCACUGAAGUACCCUUGGAAAACUAUAGAUCCAUUUGCAGCUAAGGAAAGGUGUCUCCUGAAUUCUCACUAUGUCUGAUGGGGACUAUGAUUACCUCAUAAAAUUUCUAGCACUUGGUGAUUCUGGAGUAGGAAAGACCAGCCUUCUUUACCAAUAUACGGAUGGCAAAUUUAAUUCCAAAUUUAUCACAACAGUGGGCAUUGACUUUCGGGAAAAGAGAGUGGUGUAUAGACCCAAUGGGCCAGAUGGCAUUGGUGGCAGAGGACAGAGGAUACAUCUUCAGCUCUGGGAUACUGCAGGGCAGGAAAGGUUUCGCAGCCUGACAACAGCUUUCUUCAGAGAUGCCAUGGGGUUUCUUCUACUCUUUGAUCUGACAAAUGAGCAAAGCUUUCUAAAUGUCAGGAACUGGAUAAGUCAGCUACAAAUGCAUGCAUAUUGUGAAAACCCUGACAUUGUAUUAUGUGGAAACAAGAGUGAUCUGGAAGACCAAAGAGUGGUGAAAGAAGAAGAGGCUAAGGAACUCGCAGAAAAAUAUGGAAUUCCAUAUUUUGAAACCAGUGCAGCCAACGGGAAUAAUGUAAGCAAAGCCAUUGAAACCCUGCUUGACCUCAUCAUGAAGCGCAUGGAACGGUGUGUGGAUAAAUCCUGGAUCCCAGAAGGGGUGGUGCGCUCCAACGGGCACAGCUCUACGGAGCAACUCAAUGAGGAGCAAGAAAAAGGCAAAUGCAGCUGUUAGCUCAGUUACAAUUACAUGUAGUG